UCCAGUUCAUGCGACGAACAGGAAAACCAUAUCCCUUCGUAUUACAAAGGAAAUAGACAGCUUCCUGUGAUUUCCCCUGCGAUAUUGAGUGAUUUCAGUAACAAUGGCGUCGUUCCUUUUCUACUUAGCGCGGAGAAGUCUCAUUCCAGGUUAAUCGCUACAACGCAUCCAAUCCGUGUUGAAAAUAAGGCGUGUUUUCUGGUGGAUCUCGAUCGGCUCCAGGACCCAGAAGAUUUACUCUGUGAUGAUCUUGGUUCCUGGAAUCAAAGCAAAACUUCAGUCAAAAAGUACCAACUAGGAAGAAAGAAUGGCCAUGUCACAAAGAUCAUAAAACAGCCUGAUUACGCUGACGGUAGGCAAAGUGUCUUUCGUAGAACAUUUGUAAACAGGAGCGAUAACUCGAUGCAAAAGACCAUUGUCAAUGUGGUUCGUCCCAACGGAAGCCAUCACAAGUUGGUCUUUGUGCGUUAUUACUUCGAAGGAGCGCCAGAGCACAGCAUUCAGUUAAAGCCUCAUGGGAGUGCAAAAUCAGGCUGUGCAAUUCCCUAUCUGAGGACCUAUAGAAGCACCAUGUCAGAGAUGGCGACUGCUGUCUCUGGAAAAGAGAAGUCAUUGAAGAGAGUCGUACAGCAAAUAGAAGACGAUGUUGGUGGACUUGAACAGUGCAAUUCUGUUGGACAGCUCCCUAGAAACGAACGACAAGUGAAGUACUUAAAGGGCGAGUGUCGACCACCGAAGGUAAUGGAUCCCAUAUUUCAAAUAACAGAAAAAAUGAAAGAGCAGUCCCAAGAUGGGGAAAAAUUCACCCGUGCUUAUUCUUUGGAUGACGAUUCUCCAAAGGUCAUCUUAUUCACUGAUGAGCAGUUAGACGACAUUGCCAACUUUUGCUGUAAUGAUGUUGAUGGGCACAAAUCAAUUCUCUAUGUAGAUGUCACUUUCCAGCUAGGGCCUUUUUUUGUGCUGGUUACUUCUUAUCGAAAUACAACGCUUUACACAAAGAACUCUAGCCAUCCCGUUUGUCCAGUCCUUCUUGGCCCUGUCAUGUUAUGCAUGCUUAAGGACAAAGCAACAUACAUAACAUUGUUUCAGAAAAUAACGGCUCGUUUACCCGGAGUGAANUAUUCUUUGGAUGACGAUUCUCCAAAGGUCAUCUUAUUCACUGAUGAGCAGUUAGACGACAUUGCCAACUUUUGCUGUAAUGAUGUUGAUGGGCACAAAUCAAUUCUCUAUGUAGAUGUCACUUUCCAGCUAGGGCCUUUUUUUGUGCUGGUUACUUCUUAUCGAAAUACAACGCUUUACACAAAGAACUCUAGCCAUCCCGUUUGUCCAGUCCUUCUUGGCCCUGUCAUGUUAUGCAUGCUUAAGGACAAAGCAACAUACAUAACAUUGUUUCAGAAAAUAACGGCUCGUUUACCCGGAGUGAAGGCCUACUUACAAGCAUAUUGCACGGAUGGUGAGUUAGCACUUCGUGAAGCGUUUGGACAGGAGUUUGAGAGGUCCGUCUCAUUCUUGUGCAAACUGCACGUGAAACAGAACAUCAAAGAAAAAUGCUCCAAGCUGCAGAUGUCGAAAGCUGCCACUGAAGUUAUCGUCAAUGACAUAUUUGGAUCCGAAGGCCUUGUCCACGCGUCGGAGAAAACUGAAUAUUGGGCGAAAGUUGAGGAGCUAAAAAGGAAGUGGGACACCUUGGAGCAGAAGGAUACAAGGCGAGAUCCGCAGUUUGCAACGUAUUUUGUGAGACACAAAGCCGAUGAAGUAUGGAACCAUUUGUCAGCAAAGGUAUCCAGAGAAGCCGGGUUUGGUGAUGAGGUUCAGUGCAACAAUGUAUCCGAGUAUGUAAAUGCUGUCAGGAAG